AUGUUACCUGCUCGCAGUAGGCAUCAUCAAAUCAACAACAUUCUACCUCGUUUUUCCUUUGAAUUCAUUCAUCGACUAUUUGGUCAUGUUAAUAUCAAAAUCAUUAAGGAUUCUAUCCGUAAAGGACUUAUCAAGAACAUAUCUUAUGACAACAUUGACUGGUCAGGUUUUGAAACUUUUCAAUUUCCUGAUUGUCUCAAAGGUAAAAGUACACAACACAAACACUAUGUUGGAUCAUGUGUUAAAUAUCAACGUGAAUACAACACAUUCGAAUUUCUCCACACUGAUCUCUUUGCUCCAGUACCCAAUAUGCCAACAUCUUCACCUACUUAUUUCAUCUCGUUUACCGAUGAACGAUCAAAGUUUAGAUGGGAUUUUCCAUUACGUUCUAAAGAUGCAGCCAUCGUUACUACUGUUUUCCGUAACAUUGUGGCUUUCAUCAGCACACAGUUUGACACUAAAGUACUUGGAUUCCAAAUGGAUCGCGGUUCAGAAUUCUCAAAUGCUGAAAUACGUCAUUUCUUCCGUGAAAAUGGUAUUCAAUCAUGCUAUACCUCUGUUGGCGAUUCUCGUGCUCAUGGCGUUGCAGAAAGACUAAACCGACCUUUUCUAGAUGAUUGUCGCACUCUAUUAGAAAGUAGUGGUCUCUCUUCUCACCUAUGGUUCUAUUCCGUUGAAUUUGCUAACUUAAUCCAAAAUGCACUAUUGAAUACGAAAUAUAAAACCUCUGCUCGUGCUCGUGCUGGUCUUGCUGGCCUCGACGCAAGUACCAUUCUUCCAUUUGGAUAA